GCCCCGACAACACAGAGGAGAAGAUGUGGAUGCUAUUUCCAUCAGUCGUCCUCCUGUCACUCAUACAGACACAGGAUGUUUUGGCAACAGGAUGUGAUUUUGUGUCAGCGACUUCUCCCUCUGCAUCAACACUGAGCGUGACGUGGAGCAGCUACGCCGGAGCGUCGGCCUACUCGCUGGACUUGAGGGUCGUGAACUCCAGCAGCGUGGCCCCUCUGGUGGUCAUGCAGACUGCGCCCAGCACACAGAGGCUGAUUCAGGGGUUAAUACCUGGAAGAACGUAUAACGUCACACUAAAAGUCUUUGAGUUUUUCACAGUUGUGUGCACAGACUUUAAAAUAACCACUACAGUGCCCGCCACAUCUCAGAUCACCUUUUCCAGAGCUCUUUCCAGUACAUCCAUAAGGUUUGAGUGGUCCAGCGCGUCAGGAGCGGACGCCUACAUUCUGUUUGUGGAGGAAUUGUUUAAUUCUCCCGCAGCAAGUUUCAACCGGACCUUCGCGUCUCUGGGGGGACAAGUGGAUGGCCUUGCUCCGUCCACAACGUACAACUGCUACGUUUUCUCAUCAAACAGCGCUGGAAGAGGCGCCAGGAGCACCACGAGAACAAUCACCACGCUGGUCCAGCCCCCAACCGGUGUGAGUGUUGAGUCGACGGGGAAGAGCACCGCCCGGGUGACGUGGGACGCUGUGAGCAGAGUCCUGGUUUAUCAGGUGGUUGUGCUCGACAACGAUAACCCCAUCAGCAGCCGGGUCACCAGAGACACUUCCAACACAUGGCUGGACAUCGGCGAUCUGGAGCCCUGCUCCACCUACACAGUGGGGGUGUCAUCCGUCAAUUUCUUCUUCGUUCCCGGGGAAGCCGCUAAUGAGACACACACCACCUCGACAAUCAACCCGGUGACGACAGUCUCCGCGGACUACAGCUGCUCCAGCGGCAUGGCGACAGUAACCUGGGAUUUGGUAUUCGGGGCCAACUCGUACAGAGCGACGGCCGUCGGUAGCAUCGGCGCGUCCGUCAACUGCACGUCGACCACCGCCGGCUGCCAGAUCACCGCGCUCAAAUGUGGUGAGAUGUACUCGGUCCGCGUGGUCGCCAUAUCUGACGACUGUGAGAGCACCUCCAACGCCACCGACUCCUUCGAGACAGUGCCCUGUGCUCCGGCUGACGCUCAUGUCAGCCACGACUGUGGCAGCAAUGUGAUCGUCUACAGAUGGAAGCCCACCAACAACACCCUGUACUACGUGGCAACGGCUGAGGACGAGGACGGCAGGGAGACCGAGUGCAGGACGCCAGACAGCAUGUGUUACUUUACCAAUGUAAUGUGGUCAGUUCUACAAGUACACUGUGUACGCCGUCAGCGCUGGUUGCAACACAGAGGUCAGCCAGCCUGAGUUCGUCCGCACCUCUCCGUGUGAACCAGCAACCGUAAAGACAGGAGCUGGUUGUCUCUCUGACACAUUGUCCACAACCUGGGAUUCGGCCGCUGGAGCUCAUUCCUACACGGUGGAGGCCGUGGG